AGACACCCGAGCCGAGCGGCGCCAGAGGGCUGCCGGGUUCGGGCGGAGGGACGUGCCUGAUCCCGAGUUCUGCUCCUGCUGGCUCGGAUCCUGGCGCGGGUCAGAGCAGGGAUUCGUUGUCAACGCGCGUGCGUCGGGCUGUGCGUGCCCGCGUCGCUCUAUUUAAACGAAGAGUGACGUCACAGCGUCCUGGUCGCUGCUCGUCUCCUAUUGGCUGAGAGCCAUCGGAAGCCUCACAUGUCAGCGGAACUAGAGCGGCUCGGCUCCUCACUGCAAGAGGCCCACAGCCGUUCCGGUUCCGGGCGAUGCUCCGAGGGCUCCGAGCAUCCGCUCCUCUGCUUUCGUCCCCCCGCCGCUGCCGCCGCCGCCGCCGCCGCCGGUCUCGGUUCCGUCACAGCUCCGGCACCUAAGCGGCGCAGCGCAGGCGCGAUGGUCGCCGGCGAGCUCGUGCAGGAGCACCUGCACGCGGACCCCGCAGCACCUGACCCCGUCCUCGCCAUCGGGAAGAGCCUGGAGCCGGAGUUCGGAGCCGACCCCCCCGCUCGCAACGGCGAGGCCGUCCCGGAUGAGAGGACCGCGAUGCUGCCGGGCGCAGAGGCGCCGCCGCGGCUGGAGACGCGCCUUUUCUGUCGCCGCUUCGCAGUGCUGGCCGUGUUCAGCCUGUACUCGCUGGUCAACGCCUUCCAGUGGAUCCAGUACAGCAUCAUCACCAACGUGUUCACGUGCUUCUACGAGGUGAGCACCGAGCAGGUCAACUGGCUCUCCAUCGUCUACAUGGUCGCCUACAUCCCGCUCAUCUUCCCCGCCACAUGGCUGCUGGACCGCAAGGGUCUGCGGCUCACCGCCCUCCUCGGCUCCGGUCUCAACUGCGUGGGCGCGUGGAUCAAGUGCGCCAGCGUGGGUCGCCAGCUGUUUGCCGUCACCGUCACCGCGCAGGUCAUCUGCUCCGUGGCGCAGGUCUUCAUCCUCGGCCUGCCGUCCCGCAUCGCCUCCGUGUGGUUCGGACCCCGCGAGGUCUCCACCGCCUGCGCCACCGCGGUCCUCGGGAACCAGUUGGGGACGGCCAUCGGUUUCCUGCUUCCUCCGGUUCUGGUUCCCAACACCCGUGAGGACCUGGCUCAGAUGGGCCACAACAUCAGCGUCAUGUUCUACGGCACCGCCGCGGUUUCCACGGGACUCUUUGUCCUCACGCUGCUGGUCAUCACGGACCGCCCGCCGCUGCCCCCGAGCCCGGCCCAGGCCGUUCUGCCCGACUCUCCCCCUGAAGGCUACUCCUACCAGAGGUCCAUCCUCAACCUGUUCCGGAACAAGGCGUUCGUGCUGCUGCUGGUCAGCUACGGGAUCAUGACAGGCUCCUUCUACUCUGUGUCAACACUGCUCAACCAGAUGAUCAUGGCCUGCUACCAGGACGAGGAGCUGAACGCAGGCCGCAUUGGUCUGACUCUGGUGGUGGCUGGGAUGGUGGGUUCCAUUCUGUGUGGCCUCUGGCUGGACCACACCAAGGCCUACAAGAUGACCACGCUGGCUGUGUACGUGCUGUCCUUCCUGGGCAUGGUGGUCUUCAGCUUCACCCUGGACCUCCACAACAUCUACCUGGUCUUCUUCACGGCCGGAGUCCUCGGGUUCUUCAUGACCGGCUAUCUCCCUCUGGGCUUUGAGUUUGGGGUGGAGGUUACGUACCCCGAGUCUGAGGGAACCUCGUCCGGGCUGCUCAACGCCUUUGCUCAGAUCUUCGGCAUCAUCUUCACUCUGAUCCAGGGAAGGCUGACCACAGACGCGGGUCCUCUGGCGGGAAACCUCUUCCUGUGCGCCUGGAUGGUUGUGGGAGUCCUGCUGACAGCGGUCAUCAAGUCGGAGUUGAAGAGGCACAACAUCAACGCCGGCGUUGAUGCCAAACCGCUGCAGGUUCCAGUGGGAUCACAGGGAGAAGUGCUGAAGGAGCCACUCAGAUCUUCUCAGGAAACGGCCGUGUGAGUCGGGACUCAAGACCCGGCGGUCCGAGUCAGACCCAGAGACCCGGCGCGGCGCCGUUCUGGUCCCAGGACCGAGCCUGAAUGUAAACAGACUGCUGCUCACCUGACUCUGUGUGAAGAACCAGCGAUGACGUCGGCGGACUCACGUGACCGCGAGUCACGACGAUUGUUUGCCUUCAAUUAAAGCUGGUGACGA